UGACAGCGACCAAGUUGCAAACGUUGUUGGGAAAACUUUAGUUUUGUGCUUCAUUUCUAUGCACAUUUGGCAUAAAAGAAUUUCAAAAAGAAGGUUUUUCUUCUGAUAUUUGAAUUUUUUUUCAGAUAUGUCAGCAGAGAAAUUUUUCAGUGAAGGAAAUGAGGCAUUUUCAGAUGAUGAUUUUGAAGAAGCAGUCAAGAAAUACACAUUAGCCAUCGAGCUUAAUUCCUGCAAUCCAAAUUAUUACAGCAAAAGGGCCAAUGCUCUUAUCAAACUGAAAAAGUAUGAAGAUGCUUUAUCUGAUGCUACAUCAGCUUUGCGCCUUGAUAAAAACUUUGAAAAGGGCUUUCUUCGUAAAGGGAUUGCUCAUUAUCAUCUUAAACAAUAUAGAGAUGCAAAAGAUGCAUUUGAGAAUGUCGUCAAAUUAAAUGAUACAGAGGAAGCAAAGUCAUGGCUUUUAAAAUGUGAAAUGGAACUUAAUAAAUUAGGAAAUUUCGAGUCAUCAGAUGACACAGAAAUCUCAAAUAAAGCAUCAUCAACUACAUCUGUUGUGAAACCUCGGUACGACUGGUAUCAAACUGAUUCAAGAGUUGUCAUUACAAUAUUAGUAAAAAAUAGGACUUUAGACGAUGUUAAAUGUGAUAUCCAAGAUACAUAUAUACAUGCAACCAUAAAACUGGAAGAUGGGAAUGAGUUUGGGCUAUCGUUAACACUAGCUAACGUCAUUGUCUCAAAUGAAUCAACAUAUCGAGUAUCUCCACUUAAGAUUGAAAUUCGACUGAAGAAAGCGGAGAGUAUCAGAUGGACCCGUCUCGAAAAAAGCGACGAUGACAACGUAGAUAUACUUCCUUCAUCUAACUCAAACAUUAACAUAAAUCCUCCUUCAACUCAAUCGUCCCAUUCUUAUCCGACCUCGAGCCAUGUUCAUCGUAACUGGGAUAAAUUAGCCGCAGAUAUCGAGAAGGAAGAAAAAGAAGAAAAGUUAGAAGGUGAUGCUGCACUAAAUCAACUAUUCCAGAAGAUCUACGGCGAAGGUAGUGACGAAGUGAAGCGAGCAAUGAACAAGUCAUUUGUAGAAUCUGGUGGAACUGUCCUCAGUACAAACUGGAGUGAGGUUGGAAGUAAGAAAGUUGACUGCAAGCCUCCGGAUGGAAUGGAAUAUAAGAAAUGGGACAGUUAAGAGAAAAAUAAUUUGUCGAAGAGUUUUAUUUUCAUCACAGUUUGAGAAUUUUUAAAAAAAGCAUUUUGUGAUAAGCAUGAAUAUUUUUGCAUUUUGCAUUCCUAACUGAUUAUCCCAUUUUCUGUAUUUUGCGUAAUAAAUAAGUUGCCAGGAUGCUUAAACACAUAUAUGUACAUUGCUAAGUGAAGCUUUCAGACAAGAAAUAAAAUUGGGAGGUAUAUUUAUUGUACCAAUAGUUCGCGCUAAAUUUUUUCAUAUUGUGUAGUGUUAUAGUAUUUUUAAAAUGUGAUUUCCGAACAUCA